AUGAGCGAUGUUUACAGCUUUGGAGUGGUGCUCUUGAAGCUACUAACUGGGAGAAGAUCAAUGGACAAGACCAGGCCUAACAGGGAGAAGAACCUAGCAGAAUGGGCUAGGCCUCAACUGAACUAUUCCAGGAAGCUCACCAGAAUAAUGGAUCCAAGAGUUGAAGGCCAAUACUCAGAAGCAGGGGCUCAAAAGGCUGCUGCAUUGGCUUACUGGUGCAUGAGCCACAUGCCAAAGCAUAGACCAACAAUGAGCACUGUGGUUAAGACCCUGGAGCCUCUCCAGGACUACCAAGAUAUUCCUAUUGGGCCCUUUAUGUACACAGUCCAAAGUGAAAAUGACUUGCAUAAGGAGGAGAUAAAGGAAGGAGGAGAAGCACAGAAGGAACCGAAAAAAGAAAGUUCCCAUCAAGGCCAUAGGCUUAAGAUCAGGUCACCAAAAUCCCAAACCAUUUAUUCAGAAACCGCUUUACGCCAGAACCUCAGUAAAACCACAGCACAAACCUGA